UUCUUCCCUCGUCGAGAAAUCACUUGAGUCAUAAACAGUGAACAUGUGAAAAUAAGUUCUACUUUUAUAAAUUCCAAGUUAACAGAAAAUGUUGGGAUGUAGAAUUGUGCCCCCGAAAAAAGUGGCAGUUUUCCCAUAUCAUGGGAAGUUGAGAAAGUUUUACUGCAGGGAGAGUGGAAUGGAUAAUUUGGAAUUCUGGACUUGCUUAAAGGAAGAACAUUAUAAAUUUGAUUACUGAGAAAGUAAGGGACAGAUCACGGCUCAAGCAUGCGUCGCUUUGACAAGCUGAAGAAAUCCUUUCCAUUUUUGGCACGAUUUCAUGUUUAUAAAAAACUCAGUGGGAGCAUGCAGUCAGAUGAGGGAACAGAGUGGCUUCUUGAACUCCUCACUGAGGUACAGUUGCAGCAGUAUUUCCUCCGCAUUCGUGAUGAUCUCAAUGUUACCCGGCUCUCUCACUUUGAUUAUGUGAAAAAUGAGGAUCUUGAAAAAAUAGGAAUGGGCCGUCCUGGCCAGCGGAGGUUAUGGGAAGCUGUAAAACGAAGGAGAGCUGUAUGCAAGCGUAAAUCAUGGAUGAGCAAGGUGUUCAGUGGAAAACGUCCAGAAUCUGAAUUCCAGCCUCAAGCAGGAGCAACGUUUCGCAAGCUACCAACUCCUCCACCAUCAGCUGAAGGAAACCAGACACUGACAUGUUUGAUCACCGAGAAAGAUAUAACCCUUCAUGAGAAAUUAGGUGAUGGGUCCUUUGGAGUUGUGAGACGAGGUGAAUGGCAGUCACCUUCUGGAAAAAUUAUAAAUGUGGCUGUGAAGUGCUUGAAAACUGAUGUGUUAAACCAACCUGAAGCUCUUGAUGAUUUUAUACGGGAAGUCAAUGCUAUGCAUUCUCUUGACCAUCUCAACCUGAUUCGCUUAUAUGGUGUUGUACUAACCCAUCCUAUGAAAAUGGUCACUGAACUGGCUCCACUUGGUUCCCUAUUGGAUCGUUUGAGGAAAAAUCAAGGUUACUUUCUCAUUUCUACAUUAUGCCAGUAUGCAAUACAGAUAGCAAAUGGCAUGGCUUACCUUGAGUCCAAGCGCUUUAUUCACCGUGACCUGGCAGCUAGAAAUAUCCUGCUGGCCUCAAAUGAGUUAGUGAAAAUUGGAGAUUUUGGACUCAUGAGAGCUCUUCCGCAGAAUGAUGAUCAUUAUGUCAUGCAGGAACAUCGCAAGGUCCCCUUUGCUUGGUGUGCCCCUGAAAGUCUGAAGACUCGAACAUUUUCACAUGCCAGUGAUACCUGGAUGUUUGGUGUCACUCUGUGGGAGAUGUAUACCUAUGGCCAGGAACCUUGGAUAGGCCUCAAUGGAAGUCAGAUCUUGCACAAGAUUGAUAAGGAGGGUGAGAGAUUGCAAAGGCCUGAAGACUGUCCUCAGGAUAUUUACAAUGUGCUGCUGCAGUGCUGGGCACAUAAACCUGAAGAUCGACCCACAUUCAUGGCACUUCGAGACUUUCUGAUUGAGGCCCAGCCCACAGACAUGCGAGCACUGCAAGACUUCAGUGAAGUGGAUAAACUGCAGAUUCAGAUGAAUGACGUAAUCACAGUCAUUGAGGGCAGGGCUGAAAAUUAUUGGUGGAGAGGUCAGAACAAGCGCACACUGAAGGUGGGACAGUUCCCACGAAACACAGUGACAUCCGUCGCAGGCCUUUCAGCCCAUGACAUCAGCCAUCCGCUCAAGAACAGCUUUAUUCAUACGGGGCAUGGAGACACCAAACUUGAGCAUUGUUGGGGCUUUCCUGACAAAAUAGAUGAAUUGUACCUUGGUAAUCCCAUGGAUCCUCCAGAUAUCCUUGGACUUGACAUAAAACCAACCAGGCCGACCCAGCUACCAGGAAGAUCUAAAAAGGAGCCUCCUCCACGUCCUCCUCAACCGAACAUCUUUGGCAAGAAGCCUGUAUACGACCCUGUAAUUGAAGAGGAAGCUGCUGUCUCAUUACCUCCAAAAAAGCUUAGCCUGAAGAAACAGGGCCCAAUGAAAACCUUAAAGCUCAAUAAGCCAGCUGCUCGUGUUUUUGCCACAAAGUUGGGGGAGAGGUCAUCAGAUGGGAGUAAAUCCUCUGGUCAUAUAGCUAAUGAGGUGGCUCUGAUUGACUUUGGAGAUGAACAGACAAGCCCAACUCCAUCUCCUGUACUGGCCAACACUAUUCCUACAUUGGCCAAGCUAGUAUUGGAUUCUUACUCACUGCUGGACAAGACACCACCACUGAGUCCAACCAGGACUUUGCCUAGACCUUUGCACCCUGUCCCUAUUGUUGACUGGGAUUCCAAACCCCUGCCUCCACCUCCAGCCUAUGAUGAUGUUGCUCAGGAUGAAGAUGAUUUUGAAGUUUCAUCCAUUAAUAAUCUAGAUACAGGAUUAAUUGGUGAAGUAUCAAAAUAUGGAACUGUUCAGUUACCAAGGCAUAAAGAAGUGGGGGAAACUAAUUAUGCAUUUGUGCAUGACACAGAUGGCAAAGGAAAGCUCAAAGUGGAGGAUAAUUUAUUUUUACCACCCAGGCACACAAAACAGACCAGCUUCUCUCAGUCAGCUGAGAUAUUUGAGGAACUUCAACAAGAAUGCAUGAGAAAACUUAAUGUCCCUGUCAUUUCAACACCAGCCUCUACACCAAGUCCCAUCUUGUCAGCAAGCGUGUCCCCAACUAUUUCUGACGAUAGACCUCAGAUUCCACCACGGAUUCCCAUUCCCCCUCGGCCUUUGAGGAAAAAUGAGUUAGGUCACUGGUCUGGUGAAUUGUCACCUGCAUCUGGAGGUGAAGAGGACAAGCCUCCACAAAUUCCUCCCAGGGAUCCAAUGUCCCAGCCGUCUUCAAGAACUCCAAGUCCUAAGGCAAUUCCUGUUGGUUUUCCCCAACAACGGCCACCAGCAUCUUCAAUGACAACGUUAACUGUCGGUGCAUACCUUUCAACAUCUCCGAUCAAGUUAAUGCCCACCACUCAGAGUUUCGCCUCUGACCCAAAAUAUGCCUCACCCAAAGUCAUUCAAGCACCAGGAAAGGACAACACAAAAGGACCUUGCAUCCUGCCAAUAGUGAAAGAUGGAAAGAAGGUUAGCAGCACCCAUUAUUAUUUGCUUCCAGAGAGACCUUCUUAUCUGGACAAAUAUGAAAAAUUUUUCAAAGAGGCUGAGAGUAUGGAUGAACACUGCUCCAGAAAACCUGUGACCACAGCAACAGUGAGGCCAAUGAUGCAACAUCCUGAGCAUAAAACCAAUUUUUCAUCCAACAAUAGUAAUCCUGGGUCCUUUGUUGCAACAAUGAAAAGUUCCCAUAGUCUGCAAAAAAUGUCUUAUGAGAUUUCAAGUGGCAAGACAGACAGUAUUACACCUUCGGACAAAAUUAAAAUAGUUCAGGAGAAUGUUCAUGGCGUUACGAUGGAGGAAUGUCAGACUGCGCUUCAGAACCACAACUGGAACGUUCAAAAAGCCAUACAGUACCUCAAGGUUGAACAAUUAUUCUGUCUGGGGUUGAAGACAAGAAGUGAAUGUCAGAAAAUUCUGGAAAUGUUUGACUGGAAUCUGGAAUUAGCCAGUUGCCACCUGCUAGACACUUACAGUACAGCUCGACACAGGCGAUAAUUAGUUCUCAGUGGAGAAAAUGAACUGAAGACAUCACUGAUUUAUUGCCCCAGUACCUGUCUUGUGUUGUUGGGUUGACUAAAUAUUGACCCGCAAGUGCCAGAAAGAAGAGGUAUGAAAUGUCCAUCACUGAGUUCAACUCUCACACUGGCUGUGCAUUCUGAUGGUACUGUGAGAUGGAAGUCAAUUUCUGAAAUGACAGUAUUCUUCAAAAGCAACAGGUUAUUUGUUUUGUUUUGAUGAAAAUAUUUGUAAUUUUAUGGCAUACUAUAAUCCAACAGCCUGCUGUGUGUACAUAUAUAUAUAUUAUAUAUAUAUAAAAUUAUAUAUAAAUAUAUAAUAUAAAUUUUAUUUGAAAACUUGUUGACAGUAGAUUACAGUUGUGUUUAUAUUUUGA